AUGCCCUCCAUCAUCUUGGACAAGACUACGAAUGAAAACUCUAGACUAGACGGCAACGAGUAUGAUGGCAACCAGAACAAGAAGCUGGUCUUUGGCGGCCAUUCAGAUGCACGGACAACUCGCAUGGGACCACUAGAGUACCGUGGAAGUUUAGAUGGCUUCGAGCAUAUGGAGGUCACCCCUGCCAUAGGCAGAGAAUAUGCUAGCCUACAGCUACGAGCUGUUCUAGCACACAAGGAAUGUGACACAUUGAUACAAGAUAUUGCACGUACGAUUUCUAGUCGUGGCGUUGUAUUCUUGCGCAACCAGGAUAUCACCCCCGAAGAGAUGAAGAUUUUUGUGGAACGAAUGAGCGUUCUAGCUGGAGCACCUUCAUCUUCGAAACUUCAUGUUCAUCCCCUUACUGAGGAAGGAUCUGAGCUUGGCGACCAAAUCAGUCAAAUAUCGAGCGAGAAGCAGAAGAAGGGUGGCGGUCUCACUCACCAGCUUUCAGACACGUCUCGACUAGCUAGUGUCGGCUGGCAUGCUGAUAUUACCUUCGAGCCGGUACCAUCAGACUAUGCUAUGCUCAAAAUACACACUCUGCCACCAACAGGAGGCGAUACGCUCUGGGCGUCAGGAUAUGAGGUAUACAAAAAACUAUCCCCAUCGAUGGCUGCAUACCUCGAAACUCUAACAGCCACACAUGAUGCCACUUUCUUCCAUGAUGAGGCAAGGCGACUUGGGAACCCGCUGCGCCAAACACCGAGAGGUCAUCCCUUGAACAUUGGGACAGGGUUGACUAGUGUUCAUCCCAUUAUCAGAACCAACCCAGUAACUGGUUGGAAGUCUGUGUUCGUGAACAAGGGUUUCACAAGACGCAUCAAUGGUGUCACUAGGGACGAAUCCGAUAUGCUUCUGAAAUAUUUGUUCGACCUGGUAGUGCAUAGCCACGAUGCACAGGUAAGGUUCAAGUGGAACAAGAACGAUGUUGCAGUUUGGGACAAUAGAUCAGUCUGGCACACCGCUACUUAUGACUACUUGGAUGCCAGAGCUGGGGAUAGAGUCUGUAGUCUCGGAGAAGCUCCAUAUCUUGAAGAGUAA